AUGAUGCCACUCCAAUCCAUAGAGGGGCAGCCUCAUGGAGGCUCUGGCAUAGCUGGGGAAAAUGGUGAGGCCCGGCAGCAAAAACCCAAGACGUUACCGUGCAAGUAUUGCAGCAAGCGCUUCAGGCGUGUGGAGCAUGUCCAAAGACACGAAAGGACACACACCAAAGAGAAGCCCUUUGCCUGCGGCUGGGCUCGCUGUGGGAAAACGUUCGGACGACGGUGA